AUGCUGGACGACAACAAUGGCACUACCACUACUACGGAUGGCCUUCUCGUUUUGGCCACGUCUGCCUGUCAUUUUGGGCCCUUUUGUCCGCCUGCAGCCAAUUGCAGUGUUGGCAACACAACAUUCGCACAUGGAGCCACAUUUAAAUUGGAUUGUAAAACUCAAUGCGUCUGCGAGAACGGUCGCCAUGCCUGCUCGACACUCUGUCCAAAUGAGCAGCUGCCGGCGCCGGAGGACACGAUUUCGUGCAGAUCACCGCGUCUUGUCGAGGUGCCCGGACACUGUUGCAAAAUGUGGCUCUGUGAGAAUCCAACAGCUGAUGUCUAUGCCACAUGCCACAAUAGCAGCAUCAGCGGCAAAUGGAGCUCUUGCAGCAGCUCCUGUGGUCUGGGCAUGGCCACGAGGCAGACAACGACUCACACUGGCUGCCAUCAAUUGAGCAAUUUACGGUUAUGCGAGAAUCGCAGAUGUGGCCAAGACAAUAAGAAGAGCAACACUAAAAGCCGCAGUCACAACAGGCCAUUAACCAAGCACAACUUGGCAUCCAGCCAGCUCCAUCAGCUGCAUCAUCACAAGCGGGAACGGCAACGCCAAAGGGAGUGGGAAUGGCAGCGGGAACCAAAACCGAAUCCGAUACAGGAGCAAGAGCGGGAGCAUCAAAUGCAACAGGAGCCAGCGCAUAGAAUAAGAAAGGGACACGAAUGCCGAAGCUUACAGCGUCUGGGACCGGCGAGGAUUCGACUUGGCCAAUGCGUUUCCCGCAAACUGUAUCGACCUAAGCUCUGUGGCAGCUGCCACCGCGGCAGCAAGUGCUGUGCCCCAGCGGUGUCCACAACAAUACAAGUCGAGCUGUUGUGUCCUUUAAAUGCCGUUGAUCCAAUUAACUACGUUCAAAAGCGAACACAACAGCACAGCAAGCAACAGGAUGACGAAGAUGACUCAACUGAAGGUGGAGGUGGUCAACAGCAACAGGGUCAGUUAUGGGACACCAUUGCCUUGGAGCCCAUCGAUCAGGAAUUUCUGCAAUCACAUCAGACACAAAUUGAGAAUAAAUUCAUUGCUGUCGAAUGGAUACUGAAAUGUGAAUGCAGCAAAAAUUAUUGCAAUUCUGACAGCGGCAACAACCACAACAACAGAAACAACAACAAGCAUAAUUUGCAGCAUGCACAACAGCAACAAAAGACACAUUAUAUUGAGAAGGAACUAAGGUUAACUCAUGAUGCUGUUGACUAUAGACUAGAAGUGGAGAAUGGGCAGAGGACUAUGAAUAGCGAGGAGCAUGGGGAUGUUCAGGAUGUCAGGAAUGAAGAUAUAGUUAAUGCCAUUAAUAACAGCAACGAUGACAACUCGUCUUCAGAGCAACAGCCUGAUAUUAUACCCUAUCCUCUCAGUGUGGGGGAGACCAGCUGGAAAGCCGAAAAACUGCAAAGACAAAGGAAACAGAAACAGCAACAACAACAACAACAAGAGCGAUGGAAGCGAACAUAGCGUAAACUGAGACUUAAACUUUUCUCUCGCAUGCGAUAAAAAUGGAUUAGUAUUGAGAUAAUUGAGUAGAAAUUAAGAUUUGUACAGCAUAGCGAUAUAUAAAUGUAUUGUGAAUGAUGAAAAGAUAACUGGUAUCAACUGGAGAGUUGAUUAAUUAAGUAAGCUUGUAAAAAU